AUGUACCUCGAGGCUGGGUACCAUUCGCCUUUGAGUCUGUGGAUGAUCUGGAAUAUUCCGAGAGACCACAUCCUCGUGCCCCUCCAUCUGCUGCUGUUUGCGCUCGAAACCGCCAUCACGACCCUCACGUGUGUGGUCGACGUCGCUGCCUGGGAAGGAUAUACGGCCAUCCAGCGGAAGGAUUUGUACGGAUUGUAUGUACCGUAUUUGGUUAUUGCGUGUAUCAUGGGGAUCGAUGCCUUUUUCCGCGUUAAAAGACAGAUCACCAUCAUGCAGCCGGCUGACACGAAUGCGAGGACAGGUCCUGGUGUAUCUGGGUCCGGACUUGUUGCUGAGGCCGAAGAAAACGGCCAACAACAGAAGGGGAAGAGAGCGUGA